AUGAUUCCAUACUUUACCGUAUGAGGGGAGUUCCCUCUAGUUGUGGCCUAGGAGAGCAGGCUGGGCUUAUGAAUCAGUUAUAGAGCCUGUAAGCUGCCUUCUGUAACUGACCUAUAUCCCCAAGGCAUCCAGUAUAGACACACAUAAUGAUCUAGGAAGAGCUUCUCCUGUCUCUUAGUCCUCAGUUAGCCCCUGGAUGAGCAACACAGUCUGACAGUGAGACUGUAGUUUCUCCUGUCUCUUAGUCCUCAGUUAGCCCUGGAUGAGCAACACAGUCUGACAGUGAGACUGUAGUUUCUCCUGUCUCUUAGUCCUCAGUUAGCCCUGGAUGAGCAACACAGUCUGACAGUGAGACUGUAGUUUCUCCUGUCUCUUAGUCCUCAGUUAGCCCCUGGAUGAGCAACACAGUCUGACAGUGAGACUGUAGUUCUCCUGUCUCUUAGUCCUCAGUUAGCCCUGGAUGAGCAACACAGUCUGACAGUGAGACUGUAGUUUCUCCUGUCUCUUAGUCCUCAGUUAGCCCUGGAUGAGCACUGCAGUCCUGACAGUGAGACGGUAUGUGUGUUAUCCCUGAUAGGCUGACUCUGUAUACAACAUUAGAUGAUAGGAGGACUCAAAUUGAGUGGGAGAGUUUCUGAAGCAGCACUGGUUCACUUCAGUUUGUCUUGUGGAUUAGCCCCAGUUAACCUGUCCUGUCUGUUCUGUUCUCUGUCUCACUCCCUCCUCCUGUCUGUCCUCCCCGGUCUAGCCCUGUCCUGUCCUGUCCUCCCCCGGCUAGCCCUGUCCUGUCCUGUCCUCCCCUGUCUAGCCCUGUCCUGUGCUGUUCGUUCUCUUUCUCACUCCUCCUCCUGUGGCCUGUUGUCUCUGUCUACCCUCAUCCGUCCUGUCCUCCCUGUCUGCCCUGUCUGUCUGUUCUGUUCUCUUUCUCACUCCCUCCUCCUGUCCUGUCCUCCCCUGUCUAGCCCUGUCCUGUCUGUUCUGUUCUCUUUCUCACUCCCUCCUCCUGUCCUGUCCUCCCCUGUCUAGCCCUGUCCUGUCUGUUCUGUUCUCUGUCUCACUCCCUCCUUCUGACUUGUCCUCCCCUGUCUCUUCGUCCCUGUCCUGUCCUGUUCUAUGUUCUCUGGCUCACUCCCGAUCCUCACUGUCGUCCUCCCCUGUCCUAGCCUGUCCUUUCUGUUAUCAAACCAAUUGAUGAAAACGCUCCAAGCCCUCGUUGCCCCCAUGUUGUCUGGCUAGUCUGAAAGAUCUGCCAAGGGCGGGAAGGCGUGUACAGGUUCGCUGGGUUCCUACCACUGUCUGUUUGAUACUUUGGUUGGGGCAUUGCAGUAGCAUGAACUUCUGAUGCAUGUUAUCUAAUGAAUUCUUGUCUGAGAUUAAUUCCUGACCCAAUGUUUGUCCCACGAUAGUGGCUUGUGUGGGUAUGUUUUGGGAUGGUUUGGGAUGGUUUGGGGUGGUUUGGGAUGGUUUGGGAUGGUUUGGGUUGAAAAAAAGGUUGAAAUGAAAUUGUUGUUUACGUGGGUCACAGAAAUGCUGUUACGGUUUUGUUGUCAAAACUAAUCUGGUCUAUAAGUAGUUGUUACAAAGUUGUGUAGCCUGUAGGUCUUGACAUUUGGAAAAGAACACACACACACACACACACACAGACAUCCUACACAAAGCCACAAAGUAAAUGAGACUGCUAGUUGUCUGUGGCUUCAGGAAGCAGCAAUCUGGCCCUUGUCAUUGACACAGAGAUACAGACAUAACAAACAUGUUGCGUACACACACACACACACCCACACUAACACACACUGUAACCUAACAGCAGCUAAAGCUCACUUUAACAACAAGCCUAAGCUGUCAUUUCAUGCUUGGAACUACCCAGCAUUAUGGAUAAUGAGCUGGCCAAGAACACAGACACACACACACACACUCAGACACACACACACACACACACACACACUCAGACACACACACACACACUCAGACACACACACACUCCGACACACACACACACUCCGACACACACACACACACACACACAUACACACACACACACACACACUCUGACACACACACACACACUCUGACACACACACACACACACACUCUGACACACACACACACACACACUCCAACACACACACUCCGACACACACACACUCCGACACACACACACACACACACUCCGACACACAUUCACACACUCCGACACACACACACACACACACACACACACUCCGACACACACACACACACACACACACUCCGACAUCCGACUGCCUCGGACACACACACACUCCGACACACACACACACACUCCGACAUCCGACUGCCUCGGACACACACACACACACACACACACUCCGACAUCCGACUGCCUCGGGACACACACACACACUCCGACAUCCGACUGCCUGUGUAAAAACCAAAACAGUGCAUUCCAUGGUCAGAGGGUAACACCAACCAGGGAUGGACUUUUUUUGACGAGAGCAGAGGUCCGUGCCACCUUUCUGAGGCCAGGCAGCUCUCAUAGAAAUCACAGAGUAAUUAUAUAUCUGUGUACUUGAAAAGCUUUUCUUGGAUCCUAGUUUACUGUAAAAGUAUAGAGGAAUUCUGACUGUAUGUGUCAAUUUGAGUUUCCGCUCCAUCUCUUCUGUUUGUUUCCCAGAAUCCUAGGAAAGUAGAAAUAGUGCUAUAAACACAAACAUGACUCCCAUAUUUCUCUGAGCGCUGGAAUGGCAGCCAAACCAAAAAGGGAAAUGUUUGGGUUCCUAUAUGGAAAUAUCAUCCAUCCAUUUUGUUAAACGACUACUGAACAAUGUGAGUUUCCCAAAAUGUCAUGUUACGUUCUCACUGCUCAUUGAAGCACAAUGGUACAGCCCUACAUUUGACUUACAGUAGCAGUAGCCUAUUCUUUAACUGUCAUCCACAAAGCCACUGUUGAGAAACAUUUUACUUUACAUUUUCCAGCUUGGUUGUGACCUUGAUGGGGUCUGGGAGAGGCUGGUGACAAAAGGUUAGAUACCCCUGAGGGGUGUGACUGGCUGCUUAGGCCUUAGGGGGGGGGGCACUCAGGGAGGAUAGUCUGCCAGUCUUCAAGGACAGGAUAAACAACAAAAGCCCAGUAGUGAUAGUGUCCCCCCCUUUGUCCCCAAAGAGGUCAUACACCAUACCUACAUUGCACAUGGAAUAGUCACAAAAGCGCAGACUCCAAGCUGAAUCAAGUGCCCUCAAAUACUUUCAAGUAUUUCACAUACAGUGAGGGAAAAAGUAUUUGAUCCCCUGCUGAUUUUGUACAUUUGCCCACUGACAAAGAAAUUAUCAGUCUAUAAUUUUAAUGGUAGGUUUAUUUGAACAGUGAGAGACAGAAUAACAACAAAAAAAUCCAGAAAAACACAUGUCAAAAAUGUUAUAAAUUGAUUUGCAUUUUAAUGAGGGAAAUAAGUAUUUGACCCCCUCUCAAUCGGAAAGAUUUCUGGCUCCCAGGUGUCUUUUAUAAGGUAACGAGCUGAGAUUAGGAGCACACUCUUAAAGGGAGUGCUCCUAAUCUCAGUUUGUUACCUGUUUAAAAGACACCUGUCCACAGAAGCAAUAAAUCAAUUAGAUUCCAAACUCUCCACCAUGGCCAAUACCAAAGAGCUCUCCAAGGAUGUCAGAGUCAAGAUUGUAGACUACACAAGGCUGGAAUGGGCUACAAAACCAUCGCCAAGCAGCUUGGUGAGAAGGUGACAACAGUUGGUGCGAUUAUUCGCAAAUGGAAGAAACACAAAAGAACUGUCAAUCUCCCUCAGCCUGGGGCUCCAUGCAAGAUCUCACCUCAUGGAGUUGCAAUGAUCAUGAGAACAGUGAGUAAUCAGCCCAGAACUACUCGGGAGGAUCUUGUCAAUGAUCUCAAGGCAGCUGGGACCAUAGUCACCAAGAAAACAAUAGGUAACACACUACGCCGUGAAGGACUGAAAUCCUGCAGCGCCCGCAAGGUCCCCCUGCUCAAGAAAGCACAUAUACAGGCCCGUCUGAUGUUUGCCAAUGAACAUCUGAAUGAUUCAGAGGAGAACUGGGUGAAAGUGUUGUGGUCAGAUGAGACCAAAAUGGAGCUCUUUGGCAUCAACUCAACUCGCCGUGUUUGGAGGAGGAGGAAUGCUGCCUAUGACCCCAAGAACACCAUCCCCACCGUCAAACAUGGAGGUGGAAACAUUAUGCUUUGGGGGUGUUUUUCUGCUAAGGGGACAGGACAACUUCACCGCAUCAAAGGGACGAUGGACGGGGCCAUGUACCGUCAAAUCAUGGGUGAGAACCUCUUUCCCUCAACCAGGGCAUUGAAAAUGGGUCGUGGAUGGGUAUUCCAGCAUGACAAUGACCCAAAACACACGGCCAAGUCAACAAAGGAGUGGCUCAAGAAGAAGCACAUUAAGGUCCUGGAGUGGCCUAGCCAGUCUCCAGACCUUAAUCCCAUAGAAAAUCUGUGGAGGAAGCUGAAGGUUUGAGUUGCCAAACGUCAGCCUCGAAACCUUAAUGACUUGGAGAAGAUCUGCAAAGAGGAGUGGGACAAAAUCCCUCCAGAGAUGUGUGCAAACUUGGUGGCCAACUACAAGAAACGUCUGACCUCUGUGAUUGCCAACAAGGGUUUUGUCACCAAGUACUAAGUCAUGUUUUGCAGAGGGGUCAAAUACUUAUUUCCCUCAUUAAAAUGCAAAUCAAUUUAUAACAUUUUUGACAUGCGUUUUUCUGGAUUUUUUUGUUGUUAUUCUGUCUCUCACUUUUCAAAUAAACCUACCAUUAAAAUUAUAGACUGGUCAUUUCUUUGUCAGUGGGCAAACAUACAAAAUCAGCAGGGGAUCAAAUACUUUUUUCCCUCACUGUAUAUGUCCCAGCAGGUCUGUUUUGAAGGGCCCCCCAGUAUGAUGUCAGUGAUGUAUAAUGAUAGUGACAGUAGAUUGACAGUCAUGCUGUGUUCCAGGUCGAGGAGACAUCCAGCCCCAGCUGGACAGUGCCAUGCAGGAUGUCAGUGAUAAAUACCUGCUGCUAGAAGAGACAGAGAAACAGGCCGUCAGGAAGGCCCUCAUCGAGGAGAGGAGCAGGUUAUGCACCUUCGUCUCCAUGCUACGACCUGUCGUGGUGAGUCAAACAUAACACACACUAACACACAACACAGAGGUCAGGAGGUCAGGAGGUCAGGCUUCAUGUCUAAGCUAAGGCCGUGGGGGGGGUGAGUCUGUCGGUACUACACACACAUACACCUUUGUGUCCAUUCCUACGGCCCAUGAUGGAGAGCACACACACACACACACACACUGCACACACACACACAAACACACACACACACACAAACACACAAACACACAAACAUACUGCACACACACACAUACUGCACACACAAACACACUGCAUACACACACACACACACUGCACACACACACACACACUGCACACACACACACACACUGCACACACACAUACUGCACACACACACACACACACACACACCAAAACAGAGCCAUACGGCCUCACCAUGGGAUACCUCACUCACUCACCAAAUGUUCCUCUGUAACACCCAGAGGAAAUGUUCCUCAUUAACACCCAUUGGAAAUGUUCCUCAUUAACACCCAUUGGAAAUGUUCCUCAUUAACACCCAGAGGAAAUGUUCCUCGUUAACACCCAGAGGAAAUGUUCCUCACUAACACCCAGAGGAAAUGUUCCAUAGGAAGCACAUUGCUGACGUUGCAGUUUAAGAUGCUGUUGUGUUGUGUGAUCAGUAUGAGUAGGACUGAGGACAUCUCCAUGCUCAAUGACAUCACCUGGAUAAAUAAAGGAUCAAUAAACACAUUGUGAUCAUUCCAGGAUGAGGAGAUAUCCAUGCUAGGAGAGGUCACCCACCUCCAGACCAUAUCUGAUGACCUCAAGAUGCUGACCAUGGACCCUCACAAGCUGCCCCCCGCCAGCGAACAGGUAAAUACAGUAAUUCCCUAACCCUACCAAAGGUGAUUCUAACAUGUAUUGACUCAGGGGUGUGAACACUUAUAUACAUUUGAUAUUUCUGUAUUUCUUUUUCAAUAAAUUAGCAAAUUUUUUCUAAAAACAUGUUUUCACUUUGUCAUUAUGGGGUAUUGUGUGUAGAUGGGUGAGAAAAAAAUAUAUGUAAUUCAUUUUGAAUUCAGGCUGCAACACAACAAAAUGUGGAAUACAUUUAGCAGACGCUCUUAUCCAGAGCGACUUACAGUUAGUGCAUACAUUACUUUUUUCAUACCCCCCGUGGGAAUCGAAACCCACAACCCUGGCGUUGCAAACGCCAUGCUCUACAAACUGAGCUACAUCCCCUGCCAGCCAUUCCCUCCCCUACCCUGGACAACGUUGGGCCAAUUGUGCGCCGCCCCAUGGGUCUCCCGGUCGCGGCCGGCUACGACAGAGCCUGGAUUCGAACCAGGAAUCUCUAGUGGCACAGCUAGCACUGCGAUGCAGUGCCUUAGACCACUGCGCCACUCGGUAAAUCGAGGGGUAUGAAUACUGUCUGAAGGCACUGUAAAUCCUCCUGAGGAAUCUUGAGUCAGAGUCACACUCCUCCUUUUGCCUUUAGAAAAGACUGACUGACAGUCAGGGAGAGACAUGUAGAAACACGUACAGGGCCCUAAGGGCAUCCCAGCCUCCCCUCCCCUCUCUUAUUCACAUCCUCCUCAACUACCAGGGCCCUAAGAGCAGCCUCCCAGCCUCCCCUCCCCUCUCUUGCCCAACUACCUGCGUUGCUGCUCUGUGUCACAUCAUCCUCCUCUACUGCCUGGGAACUAAAUGUGUUUAUGUCCGUGUCAACCCUCCAGGGGUUUGAAAGGGUUUAUGUCUGUCUACCUCAAGCUCAGUCCAACCUGAUAUAAGCUAACCUGUUAAGGUUGUUUGUGCACCCUAUUCCCUAUAUAGUGCACUACUUUUGAGCCGUCUGAGCCGGAAGUAGUGCACUACAGUAUGUAGUCAAUAGGGUGCCACGUGUAUCCUCCUCAGACUCUGACCUGCUCCUAUUGUUGAUUACCGGUCAGGUUAUUCUGGAUCUGAUAAAGGUUUGGAAAUGGCACCCUAUUCCCAAUGUACUCCACUACUUCUGGCCACAGCCCUGAAAUAGGGUUCCAUUUCAGAUCUGGCCCGUGUGUGUCUUCCUCAGACUCUGAUCUGUCAUUGUGUUCUGUCCUGUCAGGUGAUUCUGGAUUUGAAGGGCUCUGACUAUAACUGGUCCUAUCAGACUCCUCCCUCCUCCCCCAGCACCACUAUGUCCAGGAAGUCCAGUAUGUGCAGGUAGGUGUCUAGGACCAGAACCACAGCUUGUCACCUUUAUCUACUCCGGGGCCUGUUCAGAACCUUCAGAUAGAAAUGUGUCAUCUCUGGUAGUUCCAUUGCUGUUGUAAACCCAGUAUGUAGUGGUAAGUGUCUAGCACCAGAACCAGAUCACAUCCUGAAUAGCGGCAGGUAGCUUAGUGGUUAAGAGCGCUGUGCCAGUAAUCGAAAGGUCGCUGGUUCUGAGCCAACUAGGUGAAAAAUCUGUCGAUGUGCCCUUGAGCAAGGCACUUAACCCUAAUUGCUCCUGUAAGUCGCUCUGUAUAAGAGCGUCUGCUAUAUGACGUAAAUGAAUGUUUCCCCUUAACUGAACUAAAAACAGCCCUGGAUCCAUAUUCACAAAGAGUCUCAGAGUAGGAGUGCUGAUCUAGGAUCAGUUUUGCCUAAAUUUUGCAGAUUGAAUAAGGUUAUAUCGACAGUGGCGACCUGAUCCUAGUCUUAGACGCCCUGAUGAAGACGGCCCCUGCCCCCCAGUGGUGGGUAGAGAAACUGCAGCCUUGGGAUGUCAUAUAACUGCCCAAUCUUUUCAUGUACUUUUUUGCUGGGGAAUUGAAAAUAGUGAAUUCAUUUCACCAGACUUGUAAUAUAUCAUUGCUUGUGUUAUGAAUGUAUAGAUUUCAAUACAAAUGUCACUGUAAUUUCACACUAAUCUUCCAGCUGUUUCAAUAGAAUAUCACUCAUAAUACCCUUUAGUCCAACCUUCUGUCCCUCCAUUCAUGGUGUUGUUGUUGUCACAACUGGUUUUGGUUUUGCAAAACACUUUGUGCUGUGAUGUCUGCCUUGUUUUGAUCUUGUGAUGCAUUGAGUUUGAUUAAACAUUUUCAUUCUAAUUGUUAGAUCCACAGAUCCAAGCUAAAAUGUCGCUGUUGAUGGUCAAUGGACCCUGAUGGUCAAUGGACCCUGAUGGUCAAUGGACCCUGAUGGUCAAAGGCACAUGUCUGCAUCGCGACCACAGUGCAACUUCUUGUAGUUGCGCUGAGCAAUGAUAGAUGUUGAUAUUGAUAUUGCCGUAAUGUUUCUUAUGAUUUCAUGCAUGAUUGUUUUCAUGUGUUUUACCGUUGUAAUUUGACUGGUUUGUUCACAGUCACUGCCUGCUGCAUUGGUUUGGAGUGUUAACCCAUUCACUGUCUGUCUGUCUCCCUCUGUCUCUCCCCCUCCUACCGGUUCCCCUGUCUGUCUGUCUGUCUGUCUGUCUGUCUGUCUGUCUGUCUGUCUGUCUGUCUGUCUGUCUGUCUGUCUGUCUGUCUGUCUGUCUGUCUGUCUCUCCUGCCUGUGCCCCUGCCUGCCUGUCUGUCUGUCUGUCUGUCUCUCCACCUGUCUGUCUGUCUGUCUCCCUCUCCUGCCUGUGCGUCUGUCUGUCUGUCUGUCUGUCUGUCUGUCUGUCUGUCUGUCUGUCUGUCUGUCUGUCUGUCUCCACCUGUCUGUCUGUCUGUCUGUCUCUCCACCUGUCUGUCUCUCCACCUGUCUCACCCUAACAGCAGUCUGAACAGCAUAAACAGUAGUGACUCUCGCUCCAGCGGCACAUCCCACUCUCACUCCCCCUCCUCCUCCUCCUCCCACUACGGCUGCCGUAGCUCCACCCUGCCCCAGCAGGCCCCGGCCCGACUGUCCUCCAUCUCCUCCCACGACUCAGGAUUCAUCUCCCAGCCAGACGCCUACACCUCCAAGUCACCAUCACCCAUGCCGCAGGAGACACUACCACGGGUAAGACUACAGAACACUACAGUACAGUACACUACACUACACUACACCACCAAGUGGUAAGACCCUACUACCUGUACAUUGAACUCUAUACCCUAAGAUUAACCCUCCAUACCUUCUGAAACUGUCCACCAGCUAAGUGAAUCGACAGUUUGGUUUAAGGCAGUGUCCUGUCCCAGGCUAACUGUAUAAGUCAACAAUAAAUAUAUUAUGAUCGAUGAGUCCUCAUGAGACCUUUGACCUCCUUAUACAUCGUAUAUAAGAGACACUAGCCAUCCCAGGUUGCUAGGAUACCCUGCUCCUGAGGAGAGGGGCUUGGGGAGGUCAGUAACUGGGCUGGCUGUUCUACAGACCAGUCCUGGCAGUACCUCAGCUGAACUACCGAGUCCUGGGCAGACCGAUGAUUCAUCAGUCUGCUCAGCUGAACACACAUAGAACACACAUCCACUUCUAUUUACUCAGUCAGUUACAGAUACAGUUUCCAUCUAAGCCUCUCCGACUUCCUCUCUGAGUUCCUUCUUUAGUAACAGUACAAAACCCUCUCUUACUACUAGAAAACUCAUCUGUCUGGGUGUGGAUACGCUUUCUAGAUGAUUGGGGAUAUUAUACAGCUAUUGUAGUAGUCAUAAAACCUCCUGAUAUUAUGGUCAGGGGAGAGCUUGGUUCAGAAGACUACAGGGUCAGCCAAGGUUGACCACAUGAGCAGGCCUUGGUGUUCACCCUUGGAGUCUAUUGGUCAUAAUGGGUCUUAGAGAGCCAUAACCCUGAUCCCAAACCAUCCUGGCUCAGUCCAAGUGGCUAUCAGAGGGUCUAAUUAGCCCUUAACUCCUCAAUUUAGCUCCUGACCCACACCGCUUUGGGACAACCUUGAAUAUGGCGGAGAGUGGGGCUAGGGUAAAGGGGAAGGAUGGACGGAUGGGUUUGGGACUCAGCUAUAGUUGAGGUUUGUUACAAGGCCAACUGCCAGUCUAGAGUAGAGUUCCCCCUUUCCUCUGUUAGGUCACUGUACUGAAUAAGGUCUCAGAGUGACGACCACUAAUGCUACCGCACCGCAACUCCUAACACAAACAUAGAAACCCACCAGGAGAAUACUACUACUGGGCUUUGUUUGGCUAGCUUUAAACGCUUUAAACAUAUGCUUUGUAACAGACUGCCUAUCUGCUUCUCCCUGUGCUCUCUACCAGGAGAGGACGGUUAAUGCUAAAUGAUUCUAUCCUCUGGUUCACGUCUCACUUUGUUUGGCAACAGCUCAUUUCACCCUGAAACUCAGUGCUAACUUUACUGCUGGUAGCCUUUGAAACAUUGUUUUUAAAUGUGCUGCAGCUCACUGACUGAUAGAUGCCUUCUAACGUCUUCCCUGCUGUUCUCUCUUUAUGUGCUGACUAUGCUACACGGCUUCCUCUCCUUUAUGUGUUGUGACUGUGUGUGAAUGUGUGUAUGUUCAUAUCCGGUAAUCUUUUAACCCUACUCUGAACUCAAACCCCUCUCUCUUUUACACCAAAACUAUUUUCUCCCGUCUUGUGCACUUCGUUCGGCCUCUGUCGUGCCUGUGUGUGUGUCUGCCUCCUUCCCCCUGCGGCUGCUGUUCCUCCAGCCUUGCUCCAGCUCUGGCUCGUCUGAGGCCUCUGAGACCUGCCAGUCAGUCAGUGAGUGCAGCUCUCCCACCUCCAUGGGCUCUGGAGGGCCUCUGGCUGCAGCUGACAAGGUGAAAUACUCCCUCCAUCCCUCCCUUGAGAGGAAGCACCCCUUCCCAUGAUAGACACCCUACCCCUCCCCUCUCAUGAUAGACACCCUACCCCUCUCCUCUCAUGAUAGACACCCUACCCCUCCCCUCUCAUGAUAGACACCCUACCCCUCCCCUCUCAUGAUAGACACCCUACCCCUCCCCUUCCACAAUAGACACCCUACCCCUCCCCUCCCAUGAUAGACCACCCCUACCCCUCCCCUCUCAUGAUAGACACCCUACCCCUUCCUCUCAUGAUAGAAACCCUACCCCUCCCCUCUCAUGAUAGGACACCCUACCCCUCCCCUCUCAUGAUAGACACCCUUACCCCUCCCCUUCCACAAUAGACACCCUACCCCUCCCCUACCCAUGAUAGACACCCUACCCUUCCCCUCUCAUGAUAGACACCCUACCCCUCCCUUCCAUGAUAGACACCCUACCCCUCCUCUCUUAUGAUAGACACCCUACCCCUCCCCUCUCAUGAUAGACACCAUACCCCCUCCCCUCUCAUGAUAGACACCCUACCCCUCCCCCUCUCAUGAUAGACACCCUACCCCUCCCCUCUCAUAAUAGACACCCUACCCCCUCCCCCUCUCAUGAUAGACACCUACCCCUCCCCUCUCAUGAUAUACACCCUACCCCUCCCCUCUCAUGAUAGACACCCUACCCCUCCCCUCCAUGAUAGACACCCUACCCCUCCCCUCUCAUGAUAUACACCCUACCCCUCCCCUCUCAUGAUAGACACCCUACCCCUCCCCUUCCAUGAUAGACACCCUACCCCUCCCCUCUCAUGAUAGACACCCUACCCCUCCCCUCUCAUGAUAGACACCCUACCCCUCCCCUCUCAUGAUAGACACCCUACCCCUCGCCCCAUUGCUGUAGCCCUCAAGUCUAGUGUCCUUACAGGAACUAUAGUGUCAACCCUCUCCAUACCCCUCUACCCACCCAGGUGUUCCACCCACAGCUUCCUUUCACCUAUCUCUGAUCCCUGCUGUUACAUAUCUAGUCUCAUGGGUCAUCAUGGUCAUCCACAUACAUUUCAGAAUUCAGAACAAGAGUCUGGUUUGUCAAUCAGGAUUCAUUUUCUUAGUUUAUUCUUUGUUUAUUUGUGCUCUGGAAAUGUUGAGUUAUAUCUAUUUCAUUCAUCAACUUUUAUGUUGUGUUUCUGAUUGUGUUGUUUUAUUAUAUUGACCCUAUUGUGUUGUUUUAUUAUCCUGACCCUAUUGUGUUGUUUUAUUAUCCUGACCCUAUUGUGUUGUUUUAUUAUCCUGACCCUAUUGUGUUGUUUUAUUAUCCUGACCCUAUUGUGUUGUUUUAUUAUCUUGACCCUAUUGUGUUGUUUUAUUAUCCUGACCCUAUUGUGUUGUUUUAUUAUCCUGACCCUAUUGUGUUGUUUUAUUAUCCUGACCCUAUUGUGUUGGUUUUUAUCAUUUGACCAAUUUCUACAAUUUUGUGUUUCUACGUUUGUUUGUGUGUUUGUGUCAUUCCGUUCCCCUGCUCAUGCUCAGUUGUUUAACGGGUAUGACCACUACGGGGAUCAUCAUCAUUCAGACUCUCCCUACCUGAUGGGAGGGGGUUCAGGCCUGGGUGGGUCCUACCUGAUAGGAGGGGGUUCAGGCCUGGGGGGGUCCUACCCCCUCUUCCCUCCCUCCUCCCACUCCUCCUCCAUCACCUCCUCCUCCUCCUGUCCGUCCCAGUCGUGGUCCAGGCCGGGCUCGGCCCUUCUACCUAAAUACCCUCAUUACUGCACUCUGGGGCCUAACAUGGUCCCCUCCUCUAAAGUGCCCAGCUGGAAGGUUGGUUGUUGGUUCACUCCUCAUCAUGUCCUGACUCCUUGUGUUCCUAAAACACAACAUCAACAUCUAUUCAUACUCAUUAUGUAGGACCCACUCAAUUAUUAUUGAAUUAUUAUUAUGUUACAUCAGAUUGCAAAAUGACUGUUGGAUGACUGCGAUAUACAACAUAGUCCUCUACAUGUUUCAUGGUAGAUUUCAGAUGUAUUCCUGGAGAAGAUGUAUUUGAAGAUCAUGAUAAUAGUUCAGAAUCCCCAGCUGCCAGGGUCUUCAGAGGCCCAUGAUUAAAGAACAUAGCUAGGGAUACCAAGCUCUGUGUAGAGGAGGUGAACUCUGCUAUGUUUCUGUGUGUAUCCUGUAGGACUGGGCUAAGCCAGGACCCUAUGACCAGCCCAUGGUGAACACCCUUAGAAGGAGGAAGGACAAGGAGCCUGCACCAGCAGACAUCAGUUCUGUCCCACUACCACUACCAGCUGGAGUCAUCCCAGCACCAGAGAACAGGAGUCUACCACUACUGCCACCCUACAAGGUCAGUUGGACACAUGCUUUCAUCUAUCUUUUAGACAAAUUUCUUCCACAAACAAAAAUACUUUCGUCACACCAUUUUUCUUGAAAUGUGUGUGUGUGUGUGUGUGUCUGUGUGUGUGUGUGUGUGUGUGUGUGUGUGUCCGUCCAUUGUGUGAUUCAAUGUCUGUGUUAUAUUGAUUGUUUUGUCUUUAUGCUGAAAAAAGAAGGAUUACGUUUUCUAACCCAAUCUAAUGUGUGUGUGUGUGUUUAGGCGUGUGAGAUGGAGGCCCAUGAGGAGUUGGCCCUGGCCCUGUCCAGAGGUCUACAGCUGGACUCACAGACACAGCGUUCCAGUAGAGACUCUCUACAGUGUUCUAGUGGCUAUAGCACCCAGAGUACCACGCCGUGCUGUUCAGAGGACACCAUACCUUCACAAGGUAACACCCACACACACUGAGAAAAUAUGCAAAAGGAUGCAUGCCCUGUAGCGCCAUAUCAUUCUGUGUAAAUAUGUCAAGCAUUCUAAUUGAUACUGUCUCUAUACCAGGUAUGUGUCUGGUAAGAAUAUGAUAUACAGUGCAUUCUGAAAGUAUUCAGACCCCUGGAUUAAAUUGUUGUUUCUUUCAUCAAUCUACACACAAUACCCCAGAGAUUUUUGCAAAUGUAUAAAAAAUUAUAAACUGAAAUAUCACAUUUACAUAAGUAUUCACACCCUUUACUCAGUACUUUGUUGAAGCAUCUUUAGCAGCGAUUACAGCCUCGAGUAUUCUUGGGUAUGACGCUACAAUCUUGGCACACCUGUAUUUGGGGAGUUUCUCCCAUUAUUCUCUGUAGAUCCUCUCAAGCUCUGUCAGGUUGGAUGGGGAGCGUUGCUGCACAGCUAUUUUCAGGUCUCUCCAGAGAUGUUCGAUCGGGUUCAAGUCCGGGCUCUGGCUGGGCCACUCAAGGACAUUCAGAGACUUGUCCCAAAGCCACUCCUGCGUUGUCUUGGCUGUGUGCUUAGGGUUGUUGUCCUGUCGGAAGGUGAACCUUCGCCUCAGUCUGAGGUCCUGAGUGCUCUGGAGCAGGUUUUCAUCAAGGAUCUCUGGUCUGAGAGUCCUUUAGGUGCCAUUUGGCAAACUCCAAUUAGGCUGUCACGUGCCUUUUACUGAGGAGUGGCUUCCGUCUGGCCACUCUACCAUAAAGGCCUGAUUGGUGGAGUGCUGCAGAGAUGGUUGUCCUUCUGGAAGGUUCUCCCAUCUCCACAGAGGAACUCUGACAUGCACUGUCAACUGUGGGACCUUAUAUAGGCAGGUGUGUGCCUUUCCAAAUCAUGUCCAAUAAAUUGAAUUUACCACAGGUGGACUCCAAUCAAGUUGUAGAAACAUUUCAAGGAUGAUCAAUGGGAACAGGAUGCACCUGAGCUCAAUUUCGAGUCUCAUAGCAAAGGGUCUGAAUACUUAUGUAAAUAAGGUAUUUCUGUUUAAAAUGUUUAAGACAUUUCUAAAAAGUUAUAAAAACCUGUUUUCACUUUGUCAUUAUGGGGUAUUGUGUGUAGAUUAAUGAGGGGGAAAAGGAAUGUAAUCAAUUUUAGAAUAAGGCUGUAAUGUAACUGUCACGAUCGUUGAGAGACGGGUCAGACCAAGGUGCAGCGUGAUAUGCGUACAUGUUUAUUCACCCAAAUAAGCAUACAAACAAAACAAGAAACAACGUAACGUGAAGUCCUCAGGCUAUACACAUACAAGCCUAUCCGGAACAAGAUCCCACAACUAAGGUAGACAAACAGGCUACUUAAGUAUGAGCCCCAAUCAGAGACAACGAGCGAUAGCUGUCUCUGAUUGGGAAUAACACCCGGCCAAACAUAGACACACAACCUAGAACUGCAACAUAGAAAAUCUAACAUAGAUCCUCACGCCCUGACCAAACCAACUAAAGACAACCGGCCUCUCAAGGCCAGGGCGUGACAGUACCCCCCCCCCCCCCCCCAAAGGUGCGUACUCCGGCCGCACCAACCUGACUCAUUAGGGGAUGGUCCGGGUGGGCAUUCAGCAUCGGAGGCGGAUCUGGCUGCGGGCGUGACGACCUCUCCCUCUCUGCCUCCCCGUUGUGCCCCUGGUCUGGUCUGGACCUCGGCGUGAUGCUUCCCCUCUCCUUCCUCCCACGAUGCACCAACCCCGUGGUGCGUGUUCCCAGUCCGGCACGGCCCGUGCCCGUUCCACCGGUGCCUGGUCCAGCACCGGUCAGCGGUUCCACUCCGGAACCAGAGCAGUCCGCUCCACCGGUGUUCAGUCCAGCUCCGGUCAGCAGUUCUACUCCGGAGCCAGGGCAGUCCGCUCCACCGGUGCCCAGACCAGCUCCGGUCAGCGGUUCCACUCCGGAGCCAGAGCAGUCCACUCCACCGGUGCCCAGUCCAGCUCCGGUCAGCGGCUCCACUCCGGAUGGGAGUAGCUGCUGUCUUGGCAGGAACUAAUGGGGAUCCCUAAUAAACCCCAGGAAGAGUAGCUGCUGUCUUGGCAGGAACUAAUGGGGAUCCAUAAUAAACCCCAGGAAGAGUAGCUGCUGUCUUGGCAGGAACUAAUGGGGAUCCAUAAUAAACCCCAGGAAGAGUAGCUGCUGCCUUGGCAGGAACUAAUGGGGAUCCAUAAUAAACCCCAGGAAGAGUAGCUGCUGUCUUGGCAGGAACUAAUGGAGAUCAUUUACAGCGACAAACUCGAACUACCCCCUUUUUACCCUCCUUUGCCAAGUAAUGUUAUCUGCAUUAGCUAUACAUAGGCUGCUACAGUCUAUGGUUUCUACUCUCCUACAACCUUGCCAAAAGAGAACUACCCCCUUUUUACCCUCCUUUGCUAAGUAAUGUAUUCACUAACUGUAAGUCGCUCUGGAUAAGAGCGUCUGCUAAAUGACUAAAAUGUAAAUGUAAAUGUAAUGUUAUCUGCAUUAGAUACACAUAGGCUGCUACAGUCUAUGGUUUCUACUCUCCUUUGCCAAAAGAGAAAUGCACACUACUUACAGUAGGUGGCAGCACCUCUUAAACCUUCACAGAAGAAGCCGGAAAGCCCAAUGUCAUCAACAGGAAGUUAGUAACCAUCCUCCCUCGAACGUGGUAGUAGCUAUAGAAUCUGCAAGCUUGUGAUGUUUUUGUUUUGUUUUUGAUACUCCAAGAUUCUCCAUUAACGAAAAGUAUGUGAUACAUUUCAUUAUAAUUCUUGCUAAAUAUCACAUCCAUAAAAUGACAUUUUAUCGUGACGCAUCUUCCAUAGAACGCAUAGCCCCUUGUUGAUUAUCCCUUUAUCCCAUUAUCCCAUACAAAAAUAAAAUAAUUGCCUUAAUUUGUUUGGACCCCAGGAAGAGUAGCUGCUGUCUUGGCAGGAACUAAUGGGGAUCCAUAAUAAACCCCAGGAAGAGUAGCUGCUGCCUUGGCAGGAACUAAUGGGGAUCCUUAAUAAACCCCAGGAAGAGUAGCUGCUGUCUUGGCAGGAACUAAUGGGGAUCCCUAAUAAACCCCAGGAAGAGUAGCUGCUGUCUUGGCAGGAACUAAUGGGGAUCCUUAAUAAACCCCAGGAAGAGUAGCUGCUGUCUUGGCAGGAACUAAUGGGGAUCCUUAAUAAACCCCAGGAAGAGUAGCUGCUGUCUUGGCAGGAACUAAUGGGGAUCCCUAAUAAAGCCCAGGAAGAGUAGCUGCUGUCUUGGCAGGAACUAAUGGGGAUCCAUAAUAAACCCCAGGAAGAGUAGCUGCUGUCUUGGCAGGAACUAAUGGGGAUCCAUAAUAAAUCCAGGAAGAGUAACAUUUUUCUCUCUGUCUGUCUCUCUCUCUCUCUCUUUUUUUUUUCUUCUCUCUUUCUCUCUCCCCCUCUGUGUUUAUUCCAGUGUCAGACUACGACUAUUUCUCCAUGGGAGGGGACCAGGAGGUUGACCAGCAGGAGUUUGACAAGUCCUCCACCAUCCCCCGUAAUAGUGACAUCAGCCAGUCCUACCGUAGGAUGUUCCAGUCCAAGAGACCAGCGUCGACCGCCGGCCUACCUUCCACGGCUGGCCCCGUCAUCAUGACCCCUGGGGUCGCCACCAUCCGCCGCACGCCCUCCACUAAGCCCUCUGCCCGCCGCGGGAUCACCGGCCCCAUCCCCAUCCGGACCCCCGUCAUCCCAGUCAAGAUCCCCACCGUGCCUGGCCUAGUGGGAGGAGGAUUACCUGGGGGGCUGGGGCUUCCUGGAGGACCAGGAGUAGGGGCGGAGGAACCAGAGGAGGCCCAGAGCCCUGAGUCUCCAGCCCAGGGAGAAGAAGGGGAGCUGGGUGUACUUCCCCUGGCGUCCUGGAGUGGUCAAGCAACCACCAACCCUCCCCUGGCCCCUCACCAGCCUGGGUUCCAGUGUCAGGGCGAAGGGGGGUCCCUGGAGGAUGGGGAGGUUAUGGAUGGUCAGGGGGGAAACAUGCUGCUGGCUAUCCAGAGAGGGGUCAAGCUGAAGAGGACCAAUACCAACGAUCGCUCAGCACCGCGCAUCGCAUAA